AUGCAGAGUUUUGGGAAGGCGCAGUCAAUCCUUCACUUAAAAAGUUUCUAGAUUUUCGAUUCCAAAAAGGUGUUCUAAGAGAUAAAAAAACGGAGUAUUCUCAAUACAAAAGUGAAUUGGAUACGAUCAAAAGGUACUAUUCUGGAACGUCCGAGUGUUCAGUGCAAUACUUUAGCGCUCCGUCAUUAACUACCUGUCAAUUACGGUUGGCAGUGGGAAAAGACUACGGUCAGUUGCUUGAGAAAAAAUCGCAAACAUUAAUUCCUUUUUGGGAUUUACAAACAAAGAGACAAGCCAUUCAUAUGGAGAGCAAAAUACUUGAAGAGAAAGCCCAGUUGCAACAGCGACCUUGCGAGGAAGAUGUACCUUCUACACCACCAGAAAAGAUCAGAGCCGUUAAUGAAGAGUCCUCCACCUCGGCCAUGUCCUACAUCCCAGCCAUUCCAGUAGAGUCUUCUACUUCAAAAGAUCCGGUAAUCGAUACAAAGGACGAAGACGUAUUUAAUAUGAUGUUACGUGAAACAUAUCUAAAGAUACGACAGGAUAUCCGCAGUUGCAUUUCACAGAGAGACUGGAAUAUUGAAGAUUAUAACGUCUCAAGAUCUUUUCGCGAUUAUCAGAUCACAAAUGUAAACAAAUUGGAGGAUGAUGUGAUUUUUUUCUUCUCUUCGGAUAUUGAAGAAAUCUUGUAA